UCUGCCAUGUUUAGACGUGUACGCUGCAGAAAUGAUGUAAAAACGGGAUAAACAGCAGUUCUACAGCAGAAAUGCCUUCAUUCCCAUAAACUGUCUCUAAGCUGAGAGGAGAGCAGAUGUAAAGGAUGUUAGCGGUUUGACGUGACGCAUUCACUCAAAAAUAAAUAUUACAUUCUGAUUUUAUUUGUUCUUUAAAACUGAGCAAAUUUCUUUAUAGUUUGACUGAAAUGUAUGAAAUAAAUGAGGAAAUACAAAGGAAAACAGAUCCAUUAGACUGUUGAGGUGUUUAUUUGAAAGUAGGAACAUGAAGUUCAGCAUCAAAGCGGCGGAACUGAAACGCUGCGCUGUUGUUUCCGGCAGAGCGUCAUUAACGGCACGGACGGCCGGAAGCGGUGUUUAAACAGAGUCUGGAGCAACAAUAAAAGCCCUUCUUUCAGUUUGCGGAACAGCUACAGAUCCAGACUGAGGACAGAAGGAUGGAGGAGGAGGAGGUUUCUGCUGCAGAGACCAGCUUCACUAAAGCCGCAGGAGGAAGACCUCAGGGCUCCAAGAAGCUGCAGGUCUGCAUCACAGACCUCAACUGGACAAACCUCGCUUCACCCCUACAGCCCCAGGAGGGGGGCCAGCAAAGGCUGGGGGGCGACCCCCUGGAGGCCCACAGGGGCAGAGGAAGGCCCAAAGGCUCCAAGAAGGCAGCCAGCAGUGAGAACGGUUCCACGGCAGAACACUUCCCUAAGAAACCAGGAAGACCCAAGAAGGACGCUUCAGCUGGAGACCUGCCCAACGGGGGCCCCAGCGCCCCCCAGAGAGGACGCCCCAUAGGAUCCAUAAAGCGGAAGUCGGAGACAGCGGUGGAGAACGGCGGAAGUUCAGAAACGCCGCGAGAAAGAGGUCGCCCCAAGGGCUCGCCCAGCAAGAAGCCCAGGCUGGAGGGGGGGUCUGACCAAACAAAAAACUCUCAGAAAAGACGGCGGGGUCGACCCCGGAAGGCGGGGCUUACAAAAACUACGUUUAAUGGCAUGACGAAGACGAGAGGAAGGCCCAGGAAAAACCAGGAGCCGCUCGCUGCCGGCUCCUCGCCAAAGAAGAGGGGGAGGGGUCGGCCUAAAGGCUCUCUGAACAAGAAGCCCCCCCUCUUUGUGGGGCCCAGAAAGUUAGGGCGCCCCCCAAAAGUAUCUGCCCUUUCCAGAAAAGGGAAAAAGCGUGGCAGGCCGCGCCAGCAGCCCGCCAAAAGGGGAAGGCCCCGGAAAUACCCCCUGCCGCCCCCCGAGGAGUUAAACAAGCCCAAAGUCUGGAAGCCGCUUGGAAGACCAAGGAAGUAUCCUCGGGUUGAACCCCCAGAGGGGGCCCCGGCAGCCCCCCGCCGCGCCCGUGGGCGGCCUCGUAAGUCCGAGUCUAAGAAAGGGGCUCAUUUACGCAAAAGUCUAGCGACCAGCCCGCCGGCGCCGCUCGGUCCCAGCGACGGACUUCAGAGGAAAAAGGGCCGUCCCCCAAAUGACGCUAAGAGAGAAGGGGCCGCCCCCAAACAAAGGGGACGUCCCAAAGGGUCAGUCAGCAAAAACAAAGCCCCCUCGUCCCCCAGCCAUUCAAACGAUUCCCGUGCGGCUGGGGAGGAAGGUGAAGCAGGAAAAGGGGCGGAGACUCUUCCUUAGGACAGCAGUGACUUGAACCGUCUGGUUGGACGGGUCCACGUCUCCGUGGUUGUUGUUAAAAAGAAGAACUUUGAUCUUUUUAACAGGAUUUGAACUCUUAUUCUUGGUUUUCAGCAGCUUUUAUGUCAACUUGUUCUUGGAUUCUUUUAUUGUGAAAGGACCCUUCCUGUUUUCAGGUGGAGAUUCCCGGCAUCAUGGGUAAAAAAAGAUGGUAGAUUCUGUUAGACAGAGAAGACGUUGAAUGUUUUUAUUUUCUGUCUUUUUCUUCAGAUUUAUUUGUAAAAGUGCCGUAAAAAUAAAACCAGGAAGUUUUUCUUCUGUGAACCGAAACGGAUUUAUCCGACAAAUCCUGAGGAAGAUCGCAGACGAUCAUCUUCCAUGUUUUCAUUAAUGAACCAGAAAUCUGCUGAAGAAGCUGUGAAAGGUCCUUUGAACAUUUGGAAAACAAGCUUUUGCCAAAUAUUCUUCAAAUGAUUUUUAUUCUGUAACUUUAUCACGAGUGACCCCCCCCCCCC